AUGCAAGAUGCUGCUCGAGCUGCUUGCGUAUCUUAUGCAUUUAAACGUUCUUGGAGAUGCUAUCCUAACCUUGCUUUCGAUAUGAUAACAUUGGGCAUAGAUAUAGAAUCAUGUGGAGAGGACGAAAUAGCAAGGAAUUUUACCAGCAAAGUUGACCAUAUUUUGAAAAACCGCCCAUGCAUUGCCACCAAGACCCUCGAGAUUGUUUUCCGUUACUACAAUAUCGACGUCUGUAACAUUGAUAGCUGGUUUCAGACUGCUGUUACACCAGGGAUUGAAGAACUCACUGUGGAACUAUCUUCAAACUCAGGAAGAUAUUACAACUUUCCGUGGUCACUUUUGGCUAAUGAGAGUGGAAACUCGAUUCAGUAUCUAAAUCUUGCCCGUUGUGCUUUCUCUCCGACUGGCGGGUUGUGCUUUAAAAGCUUGACAAGACUCGAGCUAAGCGACGUUCAUUUCACGGGGGACCAGUUGGGAUCGCUUCUUCAAAAUUCUUUUGCUUUGCAACGGAUGCAACUCAAGUGUUGCAAUACGAUAAUUUGCUUGAAGAUAUCGUUUCAUCUACAACAGCUCAGAUAUCUGGACGUGUUUGACGGCAGUACCUUGCUGCAGGUUAUAGAGGUAGAAGCUCCAAACCUCUCUAAUUUCCAGUUUAUGGGUCAUCGCCAAGUACAACUAUCACUUGCAGUAGGAUUGCAAUUCAAGAAGUUCGACCUGUCCUUUCCUGGUGCUGUCAGCUAUGUUUGUUCUGCUUUUCCGCCCAGCUUGCGAUAUGUUGCAGCUCUUUCCCUAGGUUCAUGGCGUGAGCAAAUUCUUACAUCUCAAGCACUUGAGUGUUGA